AACCAGUCUUCACCUCUCAGAGCAAACCUCUCACCACCUCUUGCUGCCACUUCUUUGGGCCUCCUCCUGCCCACCAUGGCUCUCUGGAUCCGAUCGCUGCCUCUCCUGGCCCUUCUCGCCCUUUCCAGCCCCAGGACCAGCCAGGCAGCUGCCAACCAGCACCUCUGUGGCUCCCACUUGGUGGAAGCUCUCUACCUGGUGUGUGGAGAGAGGGGGUUCUUCUACUACCCCAAAGCCCGACGGGACAUCGAGCAGCCUUUAGUGAGUGGUCCCUUGCCUGGGGAGGCAGGAGAGCUGCCCUUCCAGCAGGAAGAGUUUGAGAAAGUGAAGCGAGGGAUCGUGGAGCAGUGCUGCCACAACACCUGCUCCCUCUACCAGCUGGAGAACUACUGCAACUAG